AUGGAGACCAGCGUCGCUGAGGAAGAUUCGUUCCUGAGGGACAACAACGUGGACCUGAAUGAUAACUCCGCCUGCCCCAGCAUGACCCUGGACGUGACCUCCCUCGUGGUCGAAGCCGGCGGUCUCAUAGCCAGCCAGCGGCUCCAGUUGGAGUGCCCGGACGUGGCCGAGCCGGCCGUGGGCAUGGAGUUUGACACCGACGAGGCAGCCAAGGAGUUUUAUGUGGCCUACGCAGCCCGCGUCGGCUUCGGCGUCCGGAUGAACAAAUCGCGACGCUCGAGGCGAGACGACACCGUGAUCAUGCGGCGGUUCGUUUGCACUAGGGAAGGUUUCCACUCGAAGAGAGUCAUCUACGACGACGGCAAGAAGAAGAGGAAGAGGGGGACGACGAGGGAGGGCUGCAUGGCCAUGAUCGAGGUGAUCAAGAAGGAGCACGGCAAGUGGGUCGUCAGCAAGCUCGUCACCGAGCACACUCACGUGGUCAUGUUCCCGAGCAAAGUCCGACCUCGCCCAGAGAAGCUGUCCGUGCAGAGCAGCGCGAUGGCCGCUCUGGCGGGGGAUGCCAGUGCGGUGUUCAACAACCUCAAGUACUUCAACAGAGGGAUCAGAGUUAACCCCUUCGGCGAGGGCGGGGAAGCUCAGAGCAUCUUGGAGUACCUGAAGAGGAUGCAGGCCGAAAACCCGGCAUUCUUCUACGCCAUACAGGUCGACAACAACAACUGUAUGACGAAUGUCUUCUGGGCUGAUGCAAAGGCCCGGCUGGCCUACAACUAUUUCGGGGACUCCGUUACCUUCGACACAACCUACAAGAAGACCAAGUACAUGAUGCCCUUUGCCACAUUCAGAGGCGUGAAUCAUCAUCUACAGUCGGUCACCUUUGGGUGCGCGCUGCUCAUGGACGAGACGAAGGGCUCAUAUAUCUGGCUGUUCGAGACAUGGCUGGCGGCCAUGGGCGGCCGACACCCCGUUUCACUGGUUACAGACAGAGACAAAGCCAUGGAAGGGGCGAUCACCAGGGUGUUCCCCAACGUCUACCAUUACUUUUGCAAGUGGCACAUCUUGAGUCGAUGCAAGCAGAAGCUCUCCGAUGUCUACUCGAAGCACGCCUCGUUGAAGUGGGACCUGAAGCACUGCGUGAACGAAUCGGAAACGGUCGAAGAGUUUGAAGCUUGCUGGGAAUCCAUCCUCUCCAAGUACAAUCUGUGGGAGAAUGCGUGGUUGCAAUCAUUGCAUGAUAUCCGCAAUCAGUGGGUCACAGUUUUCCUCAAAAACUCUUUCUUCCCUGAGCUGUGUGGGGGGCAGAGGCUGGAGAGCUUGAACAAGUUUUUCAAGAGAAAUUUCAAUACGAAGACAUCUCUGUUGUCGUUCGUCACGCGAUUCGAGCAGACUACUGCGAAUCAGUAUGAGAAGGAGGCGCAGGCUGAUUUUUCCGCGGCAUACACAAGGCCAUCUCUCAAGACACCGUCUCCCAUGGAGAAGCAGGCGGCUGAGGUUUACACGGGUGCAGUCUUUGAGAAGUUUCAGGAGGAAUUUGUCCAGUCAUUGGGAUACUUUGUUGAGAAGAUUGAGGACGACCCUAUUUCCAAGUUCAGCGUCACAAAGGAGGAGGACUCGAGCAAGACGUACGUCGUCAGCCUCCAUGAGCCCGAGAAGCAAGCGGCCUGCAGCUGUUCCAAGUUCGAGUCUUGCGGGAUCCUGUGCAGGCAUGUCUUGAGAGUCUUCUUCAUAGUGGGCGUCCGCAUCCUCCCGGAGAAGUACAUAUUACAGCGAUGGACAAAGAAUGCCACAACUGGGGGUGACGACGCCCUGGAAGAGGUCGCGGCUGAUACAGGACUUAGUUUCCAGGAGCACCUGGUUGCCUGGUACAAUGACCUCUGCCGCGAUGCCAUCAGGUAUGGGAUGGAAGGGGCCAUCUCUGGGGAAAUCUACAGGGUUGCCAAGGCCUCACUUCAGAAGGCCUUUGCGGACCUAAUGGUGUCUAAGAGUGUGCCGAAGAAGGGACAGCACCCAAGCAUGCAGAGGAUCAGAAUUCAGAAGAUGCAAUACAAGAUGCCCCUUCUGAAGCUGCAACAGAGCAAGGUCCAGGCUAAAGGUGCCCGUCGCGAAGACACGGGUAGGAAGAAGAGGAAUAUGCCGGACGACAACAUGUAUGGAGCACUGGCUAAGUGUGCAUUCAUCUGUUUAUUGGCUCAAUGCCAUCAGGGCCUGCUUUUUUUUUUUGAAUGUUCAUCUCAAUAUAUUGGUGCUGCCUGCAGGGAAGGAAACCGUUCGAGCAUUAAUGGUGAUGCGGAAUGUUGA